AAGCUGUUCGAGGCGAAAGCAUCAUUUUCCCAAAUUACCCUAACGAAACCUAGACUCAAAAAACCCCUUGCUCUCGGUCUUAAAUCUCUCUUUACAAACCCCCAUAUAAUAUAUAUAAACAAUCCCCUCUCCGCCGCUCCUUCAUUUCUUACCCUAAACAGCACCUCCUCUCACUCGGCCAGGUUUUCUGCAUCUGUCCCAAUGGGAAAGGGAACGGGGAGCUUCGGAAAGAGGAGGAAUAAGACGCACACCCUCUGCGUGAGGUGUGGCCGCCGCAGCUUCCAUCUCCAGAAGAGUCGCUGCGCUGCCUGUGCCUACCCCGCCGCUCGUAAGAGGACAUAUAACUGGAGUGUGAAGGCGAUCCGACGGAAGACUACUGGAACUGGAAGAAUGAGGUACCUCCGCCAUGUUCCUCGAAGAUUCAAGAGCGGCUUCAGAGAGGGUACUCAAGCAGCACCAAGGAAGAAGGGAGCGGCUGCUACUGCUUAAGCCAUUACCAGAGAGUGAAGUGGUCGUAAUUUGGAUGCCAAAUUACAGUUUGAUUAGAUGCAUUUUUUUGUGUUGGGACUGGUUUGAUAAAAGCAAUAUUUGAUGGGUGUUAUAACCUUUUUAAUGAUUUGGCUGCUCUGAUUUUGAUUAGUUUGUAGCUUUAAUUUGGACAAAGAUGUGCGAGCCCACUUUUGUUUUCCCUUCAAUUACUUAAUAUUUCAGUAAAGUCCGAAUUUUGAUUUUGUUUAA